AUGUCGUCCUGCCUAGCUUCCUCCUCACGCACAGUAGCCCGGGCUAUUCCAUCUCGGACCGCUCAGCCUAUCCUCCAAAAACGCACGGUCCUGCACAAUGCUCGUCCUCCACGGACCCCCAUCUUGCCUUCACCUCAUCAGCCCAAGAUCCGCUCGCCCACACCUGGCACUUCCACACCACAGGCACAUCCCGACUCUUCUCAUCCAAUCCCUCCCAUCUCUUCCUCCUCACUCGCGGACAGCGGUCUGACAUUCCACCACGCGCCCCCACCGUCCGCGCCGUCCUACACGACUGGGGCUGUCCCUCCGUUCUUGCAAUGGAUAGGGGGCCAGUCGGUGCAUUUGACAGGGGAGGAGGCUGCGCCGAGGCGGAAAGAGAGGAGAGGGGACGGAAAGGAGCCAAAGUGGGAUCAAGGGGUCAAGGCGGAUAUCAUUGACAUGCGGCAGAGGGGGAUGAGCAGGAAAGAGAUCGCAAAGUCUCUUUCUCUUCCUGCGCAUCACGAGCAGCGGAUAUCACGAGUCGCACCUCUAUCGCCAAUGCAGCAGACGGAGAAGGAUGAAGCGCUGGAGGAGCAAAAGUCGACAUGGGGGUUCAACAAGAGAUUAGCGAGAGCCAAGCGGGACAAGCGGAGAGAGCUUUGGUAG